AUGGCCGGACCACAACUCGACUAUGAGAUACUGGGUGCCGUGAAGGUGAAGGAUGGCCUCUUCAUCGGGGAUGAGCUGGCAGCGGGGGACCUGGAGUUCAUCGUGUCGAACAAGGUGACACACGUCAUAAAUUGCGCUGGCCGACAGGUCCCCAACCACUGGCAGUCCAUCGGCGUCGCGUACCUAACGUACUACUGGGUUGACGCGGACAACCAGGUCAUUCUGGAUCAGCGGGACGUGGUUGCGAAUGAGAUUUUCGCGUUCAUCGAGCAGGCUUUGACGGAAGCGAACAGCAUCCUCAUCCACUCCGUCCGUGGCCAGUCCAGGUCAUGUUGCGUGCUGUCUGCGUACAUGAUGAAGAAGUACUGCUGGGGCCUGAGGAAGACGAUGGAAUUCCUGAGCUUCCGCCGCCCAGACAUGAACCUCAAGCCCGCAUUCCUCGACCAGUUAUCUGGCUACGAGAGUUGCCUCAUCAGCCAGUCCAACCAGACCUUCAGCCUAGAUUGGAACGAUGGCAACUUCAAGAGCCUUGAGUGCGAGGACCUGCUGCUGAGAAACACAUACAUCAAUAGCCAGAUGGGUCCACCAGCAGACUUCCAAGUCACUGCGAACGCCGUGAGACCUCGAAAAUUACAAUGGAAGGACGAAGAUCCGCACGAGGAUGGCAGGUUAGAGAAGCCUGCCGGGGCUGACCGCCACAACUUGCAAAACCUGGAUCCCAACUCGGUGAACGGCUCGCAUUUGCGAUGCGUGCUGAAGAAGGGCACGGCCAUCCCAGGCGUGGAUCCGCUCGGGCCGGAGGGCUACCCGAGCCACACCAACCACCAGGCGCACCCGGCGCACCAGACCCACCCGAGCCACCAGAGCGCAGAGGUGCCCGAGCACCCCCAGGUCUACGGCCCCGGCGCUGGGGCCAACGGCGUCCCCGUCCACUCGCACGCGGUGCCCGAGGCAUGGGCCGAGGGCGAGACGCCAGCACGGCUGGUGCAGCACCCUGCCGCGCCGGCCCCCGGCGCGGCCCAGGGGGGCCGAGCAGCGGCCUACGACAGCAACGACACGAGGCAUCGGGCGCCUUCGCCCUCGUUCCAGGUCAUCGACGAGGGCAGGAAGACCAUCAAGGUCGAGCGGGUCCCGCCGCAGCGCCCUCCCGUGACCACCAUCCGGGACUCCCUGACGAAGGCUCGUCGCGACUCGGCCCCAGACCACAGGCCCCCGUCGCGGGACCCGUCGCCCAAGACGAGCCUGGAGCGCCGGCCAAUGGCAUCGACGACCCCGGGCGUCCGCGGGGACUCCCCGCUGCGGUACCCAAGCCGGCGCCAGUCGUCGCCGUCCCCCUCCGUGUACGGCGGGAGCCAACGGAACUCGACGGGCUCGCACCCGGGCGUGUCUCUCAGCGGGGUGCGCACCACGGCCUUUGUGCCCACCAACCCGUCCUUCGGCGGCGGCAGGCCCUCGCAGGGCAUGGGCGCCUUCCGCUCCGGCGGGCCGGUCAGGGCCAAGGCCGACCUCGUGGGCGACACCCCGCAGAGGCGGCCGCGGCCGCAGACCGCGCCGUCGCAGCGGCCCGCCAGCGGGAGCCGGCCGGCCUCGCCGCUUGGCCAGCAGCG